AUGCCAAAACCAACGCCGCCAGUAAUCAAAGCGCCGAUUCGAGUAGAACCGGCGCCGGCGCGCCUUCUCGGAACGCCGCUUUUCCGUGAAACGGACAUCGACCUGUGGAAUCUGACGGCGGCGCAGUGCUCCGGAUGUCUGACCGUAGUGCCGCACAGCCAGUUGUUCGUGUGUGUGCGUGACACGUGUCAGUACAUUAUCAGACAGUCUCGGCCUAUUAAUACGCCCACCGAAUUCUAUAACCAGGAGAAGGUUUUUUGUGGAAACUGCUCUUUCCGUGGAAUUCAUUCGCGGCACGCAAAGUUUAUGGAGCCAGCGGAGCCGUUAGCGGUGAGAAGAAGCUUCUAGACGUAUAUAUAUAUAUUGCCUAAAUAUUGUUCAUUUUCAGAUCAAAUGCGCGUCGAGCGAAUUCGGCACCAAGUUGGAGGAGACGUAUCACAGCAUGGCGUUCAUUGACGCGAACGAGCCGGUCGAUUAUUUGAUGGCGAAAGAGUUCGCGACGCAGAAGUUGCCGUUGCUCCCGGUCGCCGAUUAUCUCGCCUCGUCUACAAAUGUUUGCGAGUGGACGAAGAAGAAGGCGAUGCUGGAGGAAGUGGCCAAAGUGUUCCAGGAAAGCCGCCGCGACGGCUACGAAUUUGUGAAGAGUCUGGCGCGGAAGGCUUUGGAUGCCUAUCAGAAUGCCGUGAAGGCGAUUGAGGAGGAGUUGACUCAGAAGCCGUUCGAGUUGGAGCAGAUGGAGGCGCGGAAGCGAGCGCACUACGAACGGAUGGGCGAUCCGCCGCGGGAAUGCAGAUCCUCGUCGCAGUCGAUUCGGACUGCUACCGUGUCUUCACAGCUGCCAGAAUUGGUUGUUCCCAAGAACGAAGAUCCGGAUUCUUUUGCGGAAUCGAUCGCCACAAUCGUGAAGCACGAAGAGAGUCGUGUAAGUACCACCAUUGGGGCAUUGGGGGAAAUAAGUCUCGACCAAAUAAACCGUCGUUGAGUUCUUUUGCCGUCUCCUCCUCCUCCUCCUCCCCCCUUCCCCAAAAUACGUAUGCGAAAUCUGCAGGAGAACGACGAGAGCAUCGUGAAAAUGCUGUGCAGCACGCUCACGCAACGCUUCGACACGAUUCGCGACGAUCUGAAGUUGGAGGAGGCGUUGCGGGUGGUGACGGACAUGUUGCACGAGAAGACGGGCGAUCUGAAGCACAAGUUGGCGGCGGCGCAGAUGUUCAAAGAGAAGACGACGUUUUCUCUCAAUUACGAGUACUUUUUGACGCUGCCCGGACGAUUUUUCAUCUAAAUUUUGUGAUUUCAGACCACGAGAAUAA